CGUGAUGCAUAUAUGCCUCGUGUUUUCACUGAAAUAAUGUGCACGUGCGGUUGAAAUCAAACGACUUGAAAUCGCGGCUGGCCCGAAAGUGGAGGAAUAAGAGGAGUGUCCUGCAAGUGCAAUUCCGAAAUUUUAUUGCAGUAGCCAGGUCGUGCUUUUUAAAGAAGUCCUUUAUGAACAACGGUAGUGUCAAGGUGAGGCCUCAACCAUUGCAUUGUCAACCAACCAAAUCAACCGCCAGUCAGCGUCAGUGGAGGUGCGUGUGCACAUCGCAACUUGAACUUCCCUGAAUUCGCUGGAGUCCCCCGCUGCAUACACACUUUUCCCCAGAGUAUCGACGGAGCGUUGCUGACUUUGAACAAUCAUGUCAGACAACGGUGUGAAGGAGCCCUCGGAGCUUGAGAAGAAAAUCAUCAGACAGAUUGAGUAUUACUUCGGAGAUGUCAACCUAAAACGGGACCGCUUUCUCCAAGAGAAAAUUAAAGAAGAUGAUGGAUGGGUCCCCCUGGAAACCAUGAUCAAGUUUAACAGGUUGAAGGCUCUGACUGAAGACUUCAGCGUCAUCACUGCAGCAUUGGAAAAAUCCACAGCUAACUUGAUGGAAAUAAGUGAGGACAGAAACAAGAUUCGCCGUCUGCCGAGCAAGCCCCUACCUCAAGACACAACAGAAUACAGGAGGAAUGUCCGAGAAAAAAGCGUCUACUGUAAAGGUUUUCCCCUCGACGCUGAAGUGGGCCAGAUUCAAGAUUUCCUUGACAGGUUUGGCGAGACAGAGCACGUCAUGAUGAGACGAGAUAGGGAGAAUAAAUUCAAGGGAUCAGUGUUUGCCACAUUCAGAGAUAAGGAGUCGAGCACAAAGUUCCUGAGAGAGGAGGGCUUGAAAUAUGGAGAGACAGAACUUAUUAAGAUGACCAAAGAAAAUUAUUUUCUGAAGAAGGUAGAAGAAAGGAAACAGAAGAGGGAGGAAGAGAAACUCAAGAAACAACAGGAAAAAGAGAGGAAAGAGAGAGAAGCAAUCGAGGCACAAAAGGCUGAGUUUGGUGACUACGAGAAAGGCUGCAUUCUUCACUUCAGCAGUGCUAGUGACCAGAUGUCAAGGGAAGACUUGAAGGAAUUUUUCUCAGAGUACGGAACAGUGAGCUGGAUUGACUUUGUCAGAGGUCAGACAGAGGGUCACAUUCGCUUCGACAAAGACACCCCAGCAGCCAGCGUGCUGGAGAAGGCCAAGGCAGCCAAUGACAACAAGCUGACCGUGAGGGGAUGUGACCUGGAGACGCGAGUUCUGGAAGGAGAGGAGGAAGAGAUCCACUGGGCCAAGAUACACGAGAACAUGUCCAUGGUGCGACUCAAGAAACAACAAGGACGCAAAGGGAAAUUCAACAAGGGCCGGCCUGCAAAGACCAAAGGGCCGCGUGACACGGGGGUCAAGUACCAAGGGAAGAAGACAGUGUUCAAGGAUGACAGCGAUGAGGAGGAAGGUGAAGCAGCAUCAGGGAGUGAAGCUGAGCAACAAGAAGCCGAAGCACCAGAGGAAAGCAAAGGAACAAAGCGCCCUCUAGAUGAACCAGAGGAACAGUCAGAGGAGACACCUGCCAAACAGAUCAAGACUGGAGAGGAGACUAGUUAGAGCAGAUUGCCAAGUAGCCUUCUUUUUAAGCUGCAAAAUGCAUUCAUAAACUCACUCCAAUUUAUGUUUCUCUUGUUUGUACAGGCCCAUAUUGUUUCAACCUUUGAUUUUAAUUACUGUAGAUACAAACAAAUUCUUUGCUUGAGAGAGGGAGUAGACACUUGUUUUUUUAAUUAUUAAUCUACAACUAUUUUCCCACUUGGUCACAAUUUGCCAAGGAUUAGCAUGUUAGACUCAAUGAUUUACUAUUUUGUGAGGUUUGCCAUACUUAGGAAAUGAUAUUUGUGUUUAGAUAUCAUGCUAUAAAUGCUUCAUUGGUUUGCCAGUGAUAUACUGGCUUGCUGGACAGAUUAAGUAUGGUACUGGUAAAAAAACUUGCCAAGUUGAUGGGUUAAGUUGUUUCCAUCAGGAGCAGUGGUUGGACCACCUGAUCUGCUUGUGACAAGUGCGUACUUGUAAACAUGUAUUUAGUGUUUUGAGUUAUUGGUUUACUUGGUUUACUUAGGAGGCACACUCCGCUUGUCAUUGCCUGUCUGGCUGGUUUGCUCACUGAUAGGUGGACUAGCUAUGUGGCUGAUUGAAUGGCUUCAGCUGUGGCCUCCUGAUCGCAAAUACUCUUUUUGCGGGGCAUACCCACUUGGCUGAACAGCUGAAUGGCUUGAAUUUUUUUACUAUUCCAAGCAGUAGCCAGCCAAGUCUCUGGUGUAUUGUUAAAGAUUUAUUUGGUGUCUCAGAUCAGCCAAUAAACUCGUUUAAUUUCAACCCAGUGAAGCUGGACAAAGCUGGACAAUAGACACACUGGUUGAAUUUUUAGUAUAGUUUACACUAAUAGUGCACAAAAAUUUAUGGGGUAGCGCGGACAUCCUGGAGUUUUGCAAAAUUGCAGGUAGCAAGCACACCGCGCCGAUGAAAACAACUGGAAUGAGUCCGUGUAUGUCCUGAUGAAAGAAAAGAUUGUGUAACCCGAUCCUCGGACUGGCCUGUGUGUGUGUACAUCACCAUAGUCGCUGUUUUUACUGGUGCGGUACCUGCCAUUUUGCCAGGAUCCCGGAUGUCCACACUGCCCCAUAACUUGGUCGUUACUGUCAUUGAUUUGGCUUGAAAAUGUGGUUGAAGAUCUUUUUAUACGAAAGACGGAUGUGUGAAUAACAGCAUUUAGCUGUUGGAUUUUUUGUCUUUUUUUAAAGUUCUACUUUUGAUAACUGCUGAUAAAAAGCUGAUGAUGUCUGAGUUCUGUGUUCACCCUCUCUAGUAAUUAAUUGGGCAUGCUGUACAUGAUACACAAGUAUUGAGACUUGCAGUUUACACUGAGGAAGAUGGUUUCAUGAUUUUUCCUUUAAGGAAGAUUUUGAGUUUAUUUAAUUUGUCUUCUAUUAAACUCAAAAGUUGAAAACUUCAGACACCCAACUUAGGAUAUCUGAGGUUUUUCCUUCAGAUAAGAACAGAAAAGAAACCAGCCAAACUGUGGUAACACUCAUAUAUGGUGAUGUCCAUAAUGAUAUCUUGCUCUUUUCCAGGGAAUUUUUUUCCAUGUUUUCUCCUGCCAUCUGCUGCUAUGUAAUGGCUUUAGUUUGGGGCUUAUUUACAAGUUUCUGUUGCAUUAUUUGGUUUACUGUGAAUUGAGCUAUGAGAUUUGGAGACAUACUUUUCCAUUCAACGUUUUCCUCUUACGUUUAUAUGAAAUUAAAGGUCAAGAUGACUACUGGAAACAUCCUUUAGAUUUUUUUAAUAAAAGAGACAUGUAUAUGAUGUCACGGUAUUGCCGUUAUUUUGUCAAA